ACCCCACGUUAUUAGCAUCUAAAAGCUCCUUCUCCAAAAUCGUUACUUAACCAGAAAACAUAUAAAUUUAAUUUUUUCUUUUUGAUUUAUGUGCCAAAAGAAAAGUCUUCUUUUGCCAGUUCUAAUGUCUCCCUCCUCAUCAAAGCUGGUCUCCUGUCUUCUCCUCUUCUUGCUCUAGGGUUUAUAAUUUCAAAAAAUAAGAAAAACCCAAAUUUUAUUACAGAUUUAAUUUCUUUAUCAAGUCUUUGUUUGUAAUUUGUGUUUUUUGAAAGCAAACUGAAACAAAAAAUGGGUCCAAUUGCAAAGAAUGAUUGCUGCCAUUAUUGAUGAGCUAUGCAAAAACAGAGAAUUUGAUUUAGUUGUUAGAGUUUGAUGGCAUCGGCGAGGAAUCUGAUCGGAGAAACGGGAGGCAACCGGCCAACGACAAUGAGAGACGAAGAAAAGGCGAAAGAGGAUGAUUCGCCUUCCGCUAAGAAGCCCAAGUUGGAGAAGUUUCCUUUUACAAGAUGGGAAUUCGCUGCCGCUUUUGGUGUCUUUUUUGUCUUCUCCACCGGUUUAUUCUGCAGCUACUUGACAAUGCCCACUUCUGUUUACUCCAAUCUUAAGUUGCCUCGCACCGUUUCAGAUCUUCGCUUGCUCAAAGACAAUCUUGCAACCUAUGCAAAAGAUUACCCUGCACAGUUCAUCCUGGGUUACUGCUCUACUUAUAUCUUCAUGCAGACUUUUAUGAUUCCUGGAACAAUUUUCAUGUCAUUGCUUGCUGGAGCUCUUUUUGGAGUUAUUAGAGGGCUUCUCUUAGUUGUCUUCAAUGCCACAGCUGGAGCCUCUUCUUGCUUUUUCUUGUCCAAGCUGAUUGGCAGGCCUAUAGUUAAUUGGUUGUGGCCUGAUAAAUUGAGGGUUUUUCAAUCUGAGAUAGCAAAGCGCAGGGAAAAGUUGCUGAAUUACAUGCUCUUUCUGAGAGUAACUCCAACAUUGCCCAACCUUUUCAUCAAUUUGGCAUCUCCAAUUGUUGACAUACCAUUUCAUGUUUUCUUUUUGGCUACUUUUCUUGGACUUAUUCCAGCCUCCUACAUUACUGUCAGGGCUGGUCUUGCUCUUGGGGAUCUAAAGUCAGUCAAGGAUCUUUAUGAUUUUAAAACUCUGUCUGUGCUCUUCCUCAUUGGCUCCAUCAUUAUAUUCCCCACUCUCCUAAAAAGAAAACGAAUAUACGAGUAAAGUUCCUGUUGGUGAGACCUCUCUUAUCCGGCAGCGUAAGGAAAGAUCUCUCGACCUUUAAGUUAAUUAAAGGAUCUGAGGAAGAAUAGAACCAAAGCAGUAUUCUGCCAACGGUCUGUUGUGAUACCCACGGGUUGAUUACUUCUCCCAUGUGACCCACAAAUGAAAAUAGAUAUAAAAAGUCUUUUUUUCUCUCUUUCUUUUUUGCUAGUAUAACAUAUUUAUUCAAUGAUCUCCCAAUAUGGAUUAUUUAGAUAGUUGGGAGCCAGAACCAGAAAUCCUCUAGGAAGAUUUCUUAAUACUCUUUUUUGACAGCAUUGCUAGAUGGUGUUGCUGUCAAUAUCUUGUAACAACUAUAGUGUUGUAUUAUUCAAAUAACAGCAUUAAUACCUUCUGUUUCCUUUUGGAUUCAGCUAAUUUGUUUAUCUGAAUGACUACUGUUGCUGUGAAUUGUCUUA